CAGCUCUCUCUGCAGCAGGAGCAUUCCCAUCAAGGGGCCCAGCGGCGCCCACUCCGUUUGAAGAACUAAGUAUGAUGCUACGGAGUGGUAGGAGCUUAGGAGGUGUAGGUGGUGGCCUCUCGCACGGUUGUAAUAUUCCGAAUCAUAGCAUUCCGAAUACAACUGUUUAUUCCACCGCAACAAACUUUGGAGCAACUACAAGCAACAGUUUCCAGUCUCUCUUGUACCCAGACAACAUGAAACCCACUAGUCUUGCGUCACCAUCCCCUGACCUGUUAUCUUGCGGUCGUGUCUUUUCAUCUCAGCCGAAUCUGAUUGAAACUACAUCCGCAGGAGGAGUUCCGAUUUUCCAACCUCACCCAGUGCAGCUGCCGGCAGCUCCGUUUAAGGCUUACCCUUCUUCAAUUGUCCAUCUUCAGAGAAGUCAUCCUCCGAGUGAAGCUUUUCAAUGGAAAAACGGACCCAGGAUCCGUCUCAAGAUGGACAGGGGUGAGCUCUAGCAUGUUGAUGAAUCGCUGUCUCAACAAUACUAACGCAGGGGGUUUCUCCUCUAAAAAUGCUAAUGGCGAUAAUGAUUGCGGCCUCAGUAUGGAAGGUAACGCACCCAGUUUGGGAAAUGCAAUGGACCCGCAAACGUAUGACGUAGCCGAGCAACUACAAAAUUAAGGCUGCCCCUAAUCCAUCUUCAGAAGCAUGCAGCUCGUGGGACUUACUUUUGAUUUAAAAGGGGGAAAGAGGUUCAGGAUGCAUCUCAGGCUCUAACAAAAUGAGGCCGUGGGAACGUCGAAGGACAAGAAGGAGGGCAGCAACACCAAAUACGUCGAUAGCAACUACGCUACGUCGAUAGCAAGAGCACGCAGAUUCGCGAAACGAGAAGAUGGGAAGGCCAACACACGUUUGAUGUCACCUGGGGAAAUCCUCGGUGUGCACACUCCAGAUUUUCCGGGACAAGCGAUACGCGUUGAAGAUCCUGCUCGGGGCGACGCUAGUAACUGCUAUAGUGACGCUCCUUGUGUAGUAGCGCAUGCACGUGGGAGAUCUAGUAGCGCACGACGUAGCGGGACGACGGGUGGCUCACUUCGCAGAGAUCGUUCAUCACAGAGCUUUUAAAGCUGCUAAUUUUUGUCGCAAAGUUUUCACUAACUGUCAAAUGAUCAACUACGCAAAUAAAAGCUAUUCGUAGUGGGUUGAAUUGAAAUUGCUAGAGAUAGAAAACAGCCAAGCUGCAGCUUUCCAGUCAGAACGACACAACUCUUGCUAAAGGCAGAGUCUAAUACAGACAUAAAGUCACUCGUAGUUUUGUUGAUAGCGUAAACAAGAUUCUGAAGAUUUUCCCGCACUGAUUGCGAUUUCCAUCGAACUAAAUGAAAUACAAAAUAGCUUGAUCUGGAUUCUUUUGUUAUGAAUUCUAAUGUUGGC